GUGGAGCAACCCACGGUAGCCGCGUGACAAAGUGGCGCUUCCCUCCCUACUUAGUGAACCCAACUCGCAUUUCAGGUCCCGAGGCAUUUUAUGGCCACCAUGCACACAUAGGCAGAUUGUGGAUUCCCCAGAGAUGGUCAUAGACCUCACGUUCAGCGAUAGCGACGACCCUGAUGCGCCUACAAAACCAACGCAAAAGCGGCUGCGCCAGACUACAAUAGAGGCUUCACUGCGUGGGAAUCCACGCACUGGUGUUGAUGCCCGGGCGGCAGCACAAGAAAAUGGCGGGCCUGGCACGGCGGAGCACACUGGGGCGCAGCACGCCUACCAGGACGCAGACGCCGGCACGCCAGCCCGGCCAAACCAGCGUCGGCGUGUUGAUGAUGGUGCGGGGCCGUCGCAUCUUGGGCCGGGAGGUGCUGCCAAUCCGGUGACGCCCGCACAUCAGCGGGUGCCGGCGGCCGGAGGUGCGGCCGGCAGCCCCGGGCCGGGCCCGUCCAGGUCCACGCAGCCAGCGGCACCGCUGCCCGGAACACGGCCCAGAGCGCGGGCGCCACCGCCGCCACUGCCUGCGGGAACGGAACCGCCACAAGCGACCGCACAAGCGCAGACGCCCCAGGGGCCACACGGCCGGCAGGCGCAGCCAGGGAUACCGGCAGAAGGCGACGCUGCCGCGGCUGGAGCCGGCGCCAGCACGGCUGGGCCCGGCGGCGGUGCUCAGGGCACAAGGCGACGCGCGACAGCCAAUGGCACGGGCGGUGCUGCGCAGGGUGCAGGUGCCGCAGGCGGGGCAGCCGGCGGCGGAGCCGCCGGGGGCGCUGCGGGUGCCGGUGCAGCGGGAGGCGUCGCUGAAGGCGCCGCUGGCCCUGCCGCCGGCGUCGCUGCCACGCCGGAGGCUCAGCGCCACAGCACCUGGCGGGCACUGCACACACAGGAGGCGAAGCUGGCGAGGCACCGCGAGGCGCUGGCGGGCACGGACGCCGACUCCAGCCUGUGCUUCCUGCAGCUGGCGCAGCAGGCCAACCACACGCUGCAGGCCAUCCAGGACCCCGCCAUGGCCGCACGUGACGCCGCGCAGCACCACCUGCUCACGGACGCGGCGCUACAAGCCUCGGCGCGGCUGGAGCGCGCACACGGCUCGCGCACCCCUAAAGACCUGGUGGACGCGAUUCUGUUUCUUUACGCGCCGCGCCGAGAGCCGGGCGCGGCUGGCGCGGGCGGCGCCGCGGGUGCCGUGGUGGACUGGGCGCGGCUGGGGUGGGACACGGAGCCGCUGCGGCGGCCGGCGCGCGGCGCCAGUGUGAUGCUGGGGCCGCUGGAUGUGAUGCCGAAGGAGCGCAAGGCGCCGGCGGCGCGGCGGCCUCGGGACAAGGUGGCGGAGGUGACGCGGGCGCAGGAGCUGCAGGAGGCACAAGACGGCUCGGGGCACGACUCGUUCACGUCCAAAAUCAUGGAGGAGAUGCUCACCGCGCUGCGCCGCGUGCGGGACCAGGCCACAGCUGCGGCCGGGGCAGCCGGGGCGGCGGGACCGGCAGGCGCCGCCGCAGGCGGCGGCAGCGGCAGCGGCAGCGGCAGCGGCAGCGGCAGCGGCAGCGGUAGCGGUGGCAGGAGCAGGGGCAGCGGCGCCGCCGGCGCGGGGGAACUGGUGCAGGCGCCAUGUGGGCUGCGGGUGCCGCUGGGCGCGUUCCGGCCGUACCGCGAGGUGGUGUUGGACCAUGCCGGCUUCGCGCAGACCGUGGAAAACGCCAGCGGCGCCGACCACCUGUUCACGCAGGAAGCGCUGCUGAUCUACUUUGAUGAAAGGGAGGACGCGCUCGACAACAUCCUGCUGGCCGCCUUCAGCAGAGAGGAGAUGGCGGCGAUGCGGGCGGCGCGGAAGCGCGGCUCUGCAACAGUGGCCAGCGGCCAAGCCCGCAUCGGCGCCGCAGGAGGUGCUGGCGGCAGCAGCGCGCCGCCGGCGGCGGCCGCUGCAAGGAACCAGGAGAUCUCGCACAUGCUGGUUAGCUACAGCAUGGACCUGUGGCGGAGCUGGUGCGAGCGAACACCACCGGAGGCGUGCCUUAUGCGCAGCCGGCCCUCCGCUCCGAACCCGGAUGCGCUUGACGCCGAGGGCUGGGCCGGCGGAGGCGCCGCGGCGGGCGCCGGAGGCGGGGCGGGAGGGCAACGCGGCAUGGGGGCUGGGGGCCGGGGUGGGAGGGGCCGUGCAGCAGGCGGGGCAGGGCCGUCUGGUUCAGGAGGAGGGGGCCGGAGAGGGCCACACUGAGGCUGUCAGGGCAGUGGUCGACGUCGUUGGCUCGGCUCGGUUGAUUCUGAUGGCAAAACACUUGCUGGGCCAGUGAUGCUGGCGAACCUUGUGUGUGCGUGCGUGUCGUUGAUUGCUGGAUCAGAGCAAGGAAGACUACCUAGGACCUUACACACUGACGACAGGACCACAAGAAACAUGGCACAUGACACGAAGGACACACCUUUUGAGCCGCAGUUUGGGCAACUUGGACAGACUCGAAGUGAGGGCGUAUUGCUUUGUAUUAUUCAUGCAGUUACAGUUUGGUGUCAGGUGGUGACUAUCGCAUGUAGAGCUCACACGCAAAUGUGCUUCACGAGGUUACGGGCCAAGGGUAGGCUGGUGGUGGUGUGGGGUUGCUGCGGGGAACUUGCCCAGACCGAGACGUCUCCAUGGUGUUUUGCGUGUCGUUUGACCUAGCCGGACGUCGCUGCCGCUCUACACAACCAAUAUACCAACAUUUAUGGGCACAGGGACAACACUGAUUACCCCGCGCAUGCUAUUCUUUGCAAUGGUUCAAAACGUGCCGCGGACUGUCUCCUCUUCUCUCAUUGUAUUGAACAUUUCACGAUAAUCUCAACAUGUCGAGGCGAAUAUCAGGCGCGAAUGGCGCUUCGGCGCUCAAA